UUAUCCACCUGCACUUCUUCUUCUUGUCCCUCUCUCACACACACGCACAUUAUGCUAUAUAAAUAUAGCUAGCAAUGAUGCUCUAAUGCUCAUCAUUACCUUCAUCUAAGAACCUCCUCCCUCUUAAACAACAAAACACACAUCACACUUACACACACACACACAAAUGGCUAUGAAGAUGUGUUUUCUGCUCUCUGUGUACUUUGUCUGUGCUGUUUCAGCCAUUGCACCACCUACUCCUCCUUUGGAAGGGCUCCUACCCAAUGGGAAUUUCGAAGAACAACCACAUGCCCAAAACAUAAACGAAACAGUGCUCCGAGGCAAGAACGCACUGCCCAAAUGGGAAAUCAACGGAACGGUGGAGUACAUCUCCGGCGGCCCUCAGCCCGGAGGGAUGUACUACGCUGUGGCGCACGGCAUCCAUGCCAUUCGCCUCGGCAGUGGGGCAUCCAUAUCCCAGACGGUCCGUGUGAGGAACGGGUCGCUCUACGCACUCACAUUCGGUGCGUCGAGAACCUGCGCACAAGAUGAGGUGCUGAGGGUGUCGGUGCCGGGCCAAACGGGAGACCUCCCAUUGCAGACGCUCUACAGCAGCAACGGCGGCGACACCUAUGCUUGGGGAUUUAGGGCCUACUCCAAUUCUGUCAAUCUCAGUUUCUACAACCCUGGCAUGCAAGAAGAUCCUGCCUGCGGCCCUCUUUUGGAUGCCGUUGCCAUCAAGGAGCUUUUCCCUCCAAGGCCCACUUUAGUGAACCUGGUAAAAAACACUGGUUUUGAGGAAGGUCCUCAUAUCUUGAUCAACUCUUCUCACGGCGUCCUCCUCCCGCCAAAACAGGAGGACUGGACCUCCCCCCUUCCCGGCUGGAUCAUUGUGUCGCUAAAAGCUGUAAAAUUCAUAGAUUCAGAGCAUUUCAAUGUCCCAUAUGGAAGAGCUGCAGUAGAACUAGUUGCAGGAAGAGAGAGUGGCAUUGCCCAAAUCAUCAGAACAAUCCCCAACAAAACCUACACUCUCUCGUUCGUCAUUGGAGAUGGCAGGAAUGGCUGCCAUGGAUCCAUGAUGGUUGAAGCAUUUGCUGCUCAAGAGGCAAUGAAAGCUGCUUUCAAAUCUCAAGGGAAGGGGAAUUUCUCGACUUACAGUUUCCAGUUCACAGCAGAAAAGAAUAGGACGAGGCUAACUUUCUUCAGCUCCUUCUACCAUACCAAAAUCAACGAUGCUGGAACUCUCUGCGGCCCUGUUCUCGAUCAAGUCCGGGUUUUCCCUACUGCCAACAUUUAAUCAACCUGCAUAUUCAAGCUACUCCAGACACACAGCUUAGUAUAAAUUCAAUAGAGUUCUAGCAAUAGCAAUUCAGCUCCCGACAAGGCAUAUCAUUGCAAACUUUAAUUUGAUAAAGUACUAGAUUUUCAAUGUUC